AUGCAGGGCUUUCCCAGGGUGGGAGCCGUGUACAUGGUGGGCUACCUGCCGGGCUACCAGGCGACCCCCAGUCAGAGCCCCUGGCCCGGCCCCCGCCACCUCCCCGGGGCCCUCCCGCCACCGUUCCCGAACGGCUGGUACCGCCUGCUCGACUCGGCGCAGCUGCCCCGCGGCGCCGUGCGCGGGCUCGCCCUGCUCGGGGAACAUCUCGCCGUGUUUCGCUCCCAGGAUGGCCAAGCCCACGUGCUGGACGCCCACUGCCCUCACCUCGGGGCCAACCUCGCUGCCGGGGGGCGAGUCCGGGGCGGCUGCAUCGAGUGCCCCUUCCACGGCUGGCAGUUCCGAGGAGAGGAUGGAAAAUGCACCAGAAUCCCGUAUGCUGGAAAAGUGCCGGAUUUCGCCAGGAUCCGGGCCUGGCCGUCCUGCGAGGUGAACGGGAUGGUGCUGGUCUGGUACCACUGCCAAGGGCUCGAUCCCACGUGGGCAGUGCCCGAGCAGCGCGAGAUCACCUCCGAGGAGUGGGUGUUCCGUGGGCAGACGGAGCACCUGGUGGACGUGCACAUCCAGGAAAUCCCUGAGAACGCGGCCGACACAGCUCACUUGGCUUUUCUCCACGGCCCAGCCAUUCUGGGAGGUUCUGACCUGAGAUACACGAGGUCCAGGCUGUGGGACUUCAUGAAGCACACGUGGAAGGCAGAGUGGCAGCCAGAGCCCGAGCCCAACGCACACUGCUCCCGGCUGCUGCUCCAACACUCCGCAACCAUCUUCGGGAAGCGCCUCUCCCUCAUGGAUCUGACGGUUUCAGCCAGGCAGGUGGGGCCAGGGCUGGUUUACCUGAUCUUUGAACACGCGUUCCUGGGCCGUGGGAUCAUCCUGCAGACGGUGACUCCCCUGGAGCCUCUCCUGCAGAGUGUUGUUCACAAAAUCUACUACCAGAAGAACAUACCAGCCAUAGUCCCCAAGUUCAUCCUGAGGGCAGAGUGUGUCCAGUUUGAGCGGGAUAUAACCAUCUGGAAUAAUAAAGAGUACCUGUCCAAGCCACUCCUGGUCAGGGAGGACUCCGGGAUUCAGAGGCACCGGCGCUGGUUCUCCCAGUUCUACAGUGAGGGGAGCGCGACGGCCCCGGCACGGGAGGAGGGCCUGGACUGGUGAGGACCCGG